GGCGGGGGCUGAGCCCGGUCGCCAUUGUCAUUGUAGUCGGAGCCGAGACAAAAACCGCGCUUUGUUGACUGAGGGGAAACUGAGGGCGGUGAGAAUGGUUUGCGGCGGUUUUACCUGCUCGAAAAAUGCGCUCAUCGCUUUAAACGUGGUGUACAUAUUGGUUGGACUGUUACUUAUCGGAGUGGCGGGAUGGGGGAAAAGUUAUGGCAUUGUUUCCAGCAUAAAUAUCAUUGGCGGAGUCAUUGCUGUAGGAGUGUUCCUCCUACUCAUUGCUGUUGUCGGACUUAUCGGAGCAGUGAACCACCAUCAAGUCAUGCUGUUCUUUUACAUGGUGAUUUUAUUCCUGGUCUUUGUGAUUCAGUUUGGAGUUUCUUGUUCCUGUCUGGCACUCAACCGAAGUCAGCAGGAACACUUACUAAAAUUGACCUGGAACAGAAUGUCCAAUACAACCAGGCAAGAUCUAGAACAUCAACUGAACUGCUGUGGAUUUAUGAAUGAUACAGAAAAUAGUGCUAUUUAUGGCUCUGAUUAUCACAUGUGUACAGCAUCCUGCAAAAAUAAUUGCGAAACGUGUGGCGAUGUCAUGCUGACACAUGCCGGAGAGGCUUUGAGGAUCCUUGGAGGCGUGGGUCUUUUCUUCAGCUUCACUGAGAUCCUCGGAGUUUGGCUUGCAAUGCGAUUUAGGAACCAGAAAGACCCCCGAGCAAAUCCUAGUGCCUUUUUGUAGGAUCCUCCUCCAUUCUCAUGACAGUUAUCUGCUCGACAAAGUUAUCUUUCCCAGGGGUUAUUUUCAUCAAAACCCAAUCGAUUUUAAAAGCAGAAUAAUCUUCACCAAUGCAUGAUGGGAUGGAGCAAAAUGGCCAAACUGCAUGGAAUUUCUUGGUGCUGUGGCUGAUUAGACUCUGAAAUCUGAACCAAAGCUUCCUUCCUUGACGUGAAGUUCUUGCUGCUUGCAUUACGUGCUCUGCUAGCGUGUAAGACCAGGACUUGAGAAAAUGUGCAGUGUUGAGAUAAUUUUAGAAAUUAAUACGGCGCUUCUGUUUCGUUAUUAUGCAGUUAUAAGUGCCAGACAUUAUUGCAUAAUUACAGCAACUAUUAAUGUUUAGCUAGUAUUUUGUUAAGAGGACAAAUAAUUGAAGGGGGGGGGGGGACUGGGAGGAGGCAAUAAUUUAAUCUCUCCUAACUUUUAAUUGAAUGAAAAGUGUUUUUAUUUUGUUGAACUUUUACCAGCAAUACAUCAGAGUUUAAAUUUGAUGGUAACUAAAUUUUUAAUUUCCCAGCAAGACUGGCCAUAUUGAUUUCACACAAUUAUUCCUUUGAUUAAUCUUUGGUCAAAGCAUGAGCUGAUUCUAUCCUCUGGCUGAUGUCUAACUAAAUAUGUAUGACAAAUUCUGGUGGUUGAUUUGUGGCGUGGCAGCUGCAACAGAGGAGGAAAUGUGAAAAAUGUGAAUACCCGACUUAAGUUUUUGUUUUCCAAGUCCUGGUUUAACUUUUUGUCAUAAUGUUCAUGUCAAUUACCCAUGUUUAAUGUAUAGCUAGGCAUACAAUACUACUGAUUUUUUUUCUCUCUCAAUUUUUAUAAUUGAGGGAGCAUUCAAAUGAUGUUUGGAGCUACAUUUGAUUUUUGUCAGGGUAUCUUAAGAUCUCUCAAAAGUUGAGGGCAUACCGCUUCCUGUUGUGUUAGGUAUUUUCCAUAGAACUGGUAAAAGCCUUGUCUUGCAGCGGCAUUAAGUAUUUGAUGCUGUAAGUAAUAUUUCUGCAGCAAAAAUAUUAGGUGUUUGGUGUAUGUUUGUAAGCAAUUUCAGAAAACCUUUUGUUAUCAGGUUGAAUGUUAUGAGAAGUGUCUUGUCGAGCUAGGAGCAAAGUGAAGUAUAUCAGUAUUUUAGGGGUAGGAUAAUUUAAGCUAAUCUAAUAAAAUCCUGGUUUGGGGAUGUAUAUGUUAGCUUCAACUUGUUGUAAUGUCACUAGUCAAAGCAUAGUAACCAGAUGUGAUUCGAGAAGUACAAGUACCAGUGUGAUCCUCUUCUACAAACAAGAGAAAUUUUACUUAUUUUUAAACCAAGAUCUUCUGUCAUAUUGUUCAUCUUUUCAGUUUUUUUCACUAACAGGGGCAGGAUGCAAGACUUGUUUGGAGUGAAGUGUUCAGAUGUUAUAUACUGUAGUUCACUGGCUCUUGCACAAAUGACCAUGAUCUUUUGAAGUUUACGAAGGUAGUGACAGCCCAGGGAGUAGCCCUUCAAAGGGAGUUAAAUCACAAAGUAAAUGAUCUUUAGCUACGUGCACAUGUUUUGCAUGCAAACUGACCUAUAUUUGGUGAGGAUUGUUGGGACUGAAGAGGCAGUGAUUUGGCCUAUUUCAUCUUGUACCUGAAGUGUUUAUAGCAUUAGUGAAAGCAGCUAUAUUGAGAAACUGAUCCUGACCCUGGUUUGAUGUACUAAGUGCAGUUUGAUCUAGUGUACAUUUAUCACAUGUGUAGCAAACCUAUGAUUUCUUACCAAGUUCUUAAAUUUUUCAUUUAAUUGAGUGAAGGAAAAUAAAACCCCAGCCUGUUCUGUAUCCAAGUCCUAUGUAUCAAUGUUGCUGGGCUACAUCUUGUUAGAAUAUCUGAAUUUGGCCUUUUAAACAAAAGCUAGAAAUAAAUAGGCAGCAUCAAUGAUAGUAACAAUUAACCUAUUGGAUUAAAAUGGUUUUGAAUAAUUUAAGGUCCCUGAAGUAAAGGAAACAUUUUAACAUUCUAGCUUAAAGUACUGUUGUGCAAAAUAUUACAUGCAGCAGCUCACCUGGGAAUGGGUUGUAAUCUCAAUCUUAGUCUGGCAAUAAUUUUCAAUCCUUCAAAGUUAUGAACAAAUUUCCUGCAGUGUUCCACCAAUAACAUACAUUACAUUAUUUAAGUUUGUAACCUUAAAAAAAAUUAACGUUCAUUGUACAUUUCAGUUAAUUUUAUGUAAUUAUGAGUGUUGAUACUUUUGGCCUUUGAUGGGAAUAUUAGCUUGAUUGGAAUCUUAAACAAUACACCAGGAAAGUGUAUUUUAGGUUUAGAGAUAUUUGCAAUUCUAUUAAGUUUUGGGUUCCCCCCCCCCCCCCCCCCCCCCCCCCCAUAUGCACUUUACAAGAAAAAUGCAAAAGGGACAAAUCAGUUGUGUACUGGUACUGUACUUAAAUCAAGAUCUGGCAUGGGCCAGUAGCACUAGAUAGAAUCCAGUACAACAUUGAGAUGGGUGGAGCAUCAAUUAUACCAGCAAUGAGUUGCCUCUGGAUUAUUGUAUUAGUGGAUUUGAAGAAUUAUUGCCUCUUCUCUCCAAGGUGUAAAAAAGCAGUCUUUUUGACAUAAGAGAUCAAGGUUGUCCAUAUAUGCAGAGGUUGCAUACGAGUCAGUUGACAUGUAUUCCAGACAAGGUGGUGGGUGAGGUCCUGUCUGUGGCCUCCAUUUUGAACAAGCCCGAUAAUAGAUUAAGUGAGAAACUUGAACUAAAGUUGUGAACAUGUGAACCCAAUGGGGGUCCAUCAUGGUUUCUGGCCUUCCUGAGCACCUGGAAAUAGGGGCAGGAAUGAUCUUGUUCUGUGCACAGAGGACAGUUGUUCGGGACUCAUUUUCUGCAGCCUGAAGAUUUUCUGAUGGUAGGGGCAGCCAUUAUCUGAAUCUGCCUAAAUGCUCAGGAUUAUUUCUGCUCUGAAAAGUCCGGCUGGACAUUGUGUAGACAUGAGCUGGAUUUCAAGUAUUCAGAACACAAACUGCAUUCAAAUGUUUUGUGCAAAAUGAAGUGCAAACAAACUUUCUGUAAUAAAUGCUUUACUAAUUCACAAACAC